AUGGAAGAGCUUUACAAGGCAAACACAAUCUUCGCCCUCAGUUUCUUCAGCCGCCUGGCAAAUACAAGUGCCGCCGCCCAGAAUCUCUUCUUCUGUCCAUGGAGCGUCUCCUCCACCAUGGCCAUGAUCUACCUGGGCGCCAGGGGCAACACUGCAGACCAGAUGGCCAAAGUGCUUCAGUUUAACAAAGUUGGAGACCACAAAGUCACCCCAGACACCCAAGAGCUCUUCACCAGUUGUGAAUUCACACAGAAGAUCCAGAGGGGCACUUAUCCUGAGGCUAAUUUGCAGGCACAAGCUGCAGACACGAUCCAUUCAUCCUUCCGUUCUCUCAGCUCCGCCCUGAACACGUCCACAGGGGAGUAUUUAUUGGAAAGUGCCAAUAAGCUGUUUGGCGAUAAGUCUGCAAGAUUCAGGGAAGGAUACAUGCAGCUCUCCAAGAAAUAUUACUGUACAGAACCCCAGGCAGUUGACUUCCUAGAACGUGCAGAAGAUGCCAGAAAACAGAUUAAUUCCUGGGUCAAGACUCAAACCAAAGGCAAAAUCCCAAACUUGUUACCUGAAGGUUCUAUAGAUGCAGAGACCAAGAUGGUCCUGGUGAAUGCUGUCUACUUCAAAGGAAAUUGGAAAACUCCAUUUCAGAAGAAAUUAAACAGGCUUUAUCCUUUCCGUGUGAACUUGACUCAGCGCAAAGCAGUACAGAUGAUGUUCUUGCACGAAAAGCUGAACAUUGGAUACAUAGAAGACCUAAUGGUCCAGAUUCUAGAACUGCCCUAUAAUGGAUAUGUCAGUAUGUUCCUGUUGCUUCCAGAUGGAAUUGCUGAAUGUUCUACUGGCUUGGAGUUGCUGGAAAGUGAAAUAACUUAUGACAAACUCAACAAAUGGCUCAGCGAAGACACCAUGGCUGAGGAUGAUGUGGAGGUGUAUGUCCCCCGGUUCAGAUUAGAAGAGCAUUAUGAACUCAAGUCCAUUCUCAUGAGCAUGGGCAUGGAUGAUGCCUUCAGCCAGGGCCAAGCCAAUUUCUUAGGCAUGUCUGAAAAGAAUGACCUGUUUCUGUCUGGAGUGUUCCAUCAAGCCUCUGUGGACGUGAACGAGGAGGGCACUGAAGCAGCUGCUGGCACUGGGGCCAUUAUGUCAGGGAGAAAUGGCCAUGGAGGCCCACGGUUUGUGGCGGACCAUCCUUUCCUCUUCUUUAUCAUGCACAAGAUAACCAAGAGCAUCCUCUUUUUUGGCAGAUUUGCCUCACCCUAA